AUGGCUUUCUCCUCCCGCCGCGGCGGCGUCGGCGGAUGGGCCCAGUCCCUCCUCCCUUCAUCCAUCACCUCCAAACAACACUCAUCCAAACAGCCCCGUAAAUCCCGCAGACGCGCCGCUCUCAAGGACUUCGUCCUCACCAACUUCUUCACCAUCGGACUCUCCGUCUCCUUCUUCCUUUUCAUCCUCAUUGUCUUCAGCUUCGGCGUCCCUAAACCCCUCUUGUCAUCCCACUUCCGGAGAGGGGUUUCCCGGACCCGGAAGCCGUCUUACCGUAAGUCUCCGGCCAGCGACCCUGUUUCCGGGGCGGUGGUGGAUAUCACGACUAAAGGGUUGUAUGAUAAGAUCCAGUUCUUGGAUGAGGAUGGUGGGCCCUGGACUCAAGGUUGGAAGGUGGGUUACAGAGGAAACGAGUGGGAUGAUGAGAAAUUGAAGGUUUUUGUCGUUCCGCAUUCCCAUAAUGAUCCUGGUUGGUUGCUCACCGUUGAGGAAUACUAUAAUCGACAGUCUAAACAUAUCCUGGAUACCAUCGUUGACACCUUGUCCAAGGACAAUCGGCGUAAAUUUAUAUGGGAGGAGAUGUCUUAUUUGGAGAGAUGGUGGAGGGAUGCAUCGGACUCCAAGAGAGAGUCUUUCAUCAGUUUAGUGAAGAAUGGACAGUUAGAAAUCGUAGGAGGUGGUUGGGUGAUGAAUGACGAGGCAAAUUCACAUUUUUUUGCCAUUCUUGAACAGAUAACUGAGGGGAAUAUGUGGUUGAAUGAAACUGUGGGUGUUAUUCCCAAAAAUUCAUGGGCUAUAGAUCCUUUUGGUUAUUCACCAACUAUGGCAUAUCUUCUGCGUCGUAUGGGUUUUGAGAAUAUGCUUAUACAGAGGACUCACUAUGAAGUGAAGAAGGAACUGGCCCUGAAUAAAAAUUUGGAAUAUGUAUGGAGACAGAGCUGGGAUGCUAAUGAAGCAACUGACAUUUUUGUUCAUAUGAUGCCAUUCUAUUCUUAUGACGUUCCACAUACUUGCGGGCCAGAGCCAGCAGUUUGUUGUCAAUUUGACUUUGCUCGUAUGCGGGGGUUUGUUUAUGAACUUUGUCCAUGGGGAAAGCAUCCCGUUGAGACUAAUCAAGAAAAUGUCAAGGAGAGAGCAAACAUGCUGCUUGAUCAAUAUAGGAAAAAAUCAACACUGUAUCGAACAAACACAUUGCUUGUUCCUCUUGGUGACGAUUUUCGUUACAUCAGUAUUGAUGAAGCAGAAGCUCAAUUUAGGAACUAUCAGAUGCUUUUUGAUUAUAUAAAUUCUGAUCCUAGCUUGAAUGCCGAAGCAAAAUUUGGCACUCUUGAAGAUUACUUUCAGACUCUGCGCGAGGAGGCAGAGCGGGUUAAUUAUUCACGGCAUGAUGAGGUUGGAUCUGCUCAGAUUGGAGGUUUUCCAUCUUUAUCGGGUGAUUUCUUUACCUAUGCUGACAGGCGGCAAGAUUAUUGGAGUGGUUAUUAUGUUUCCCGGCCAUUCUUCAAGGCCGUUGAUCGUGUACUUGAACAUACGCUUCGUGGUGCAGAAAUAAUGAUGGCCUUUUUGCUGGGAUAUUGCCAGAGAGCUCAGUGUGAAAGGUUACCAACUGGAUUCUCCUAUAAGCUUACAGCUGCUCGAAGGAAUCUAGCUCUAUUCCAGCAUCAUGAUGGCGUAACUGGUACUGCCAAGGAUCAUGUGGUUCAAGACUAUGGGACACGGAUGCAUAUGGCUUUACAGGACCUCCAAAUUUUUAUGUCAAAGGCCAUAGAGGUAUUGCUUGGAAUCCGACAUGAGAAAGUUGAUCAGUUUCCUGCUCAAUUUGAGCCGGCCCAAGUACGGUCUAAGUAUGAUGCUCAACCAAUUCAUAAAGUAAUCACUGCUCAAGAAAAAACAGUUCAGACUGUUGUAAUUUUCAAUCCACUGGAGCGAACACGAGAUGAAAUUGUUAUGGUCGUUGUUCAGAGACCGGAUGUAACAGUUCUGGACUCAAAUUGGACAUGCGAGAAGAGCCAGAUUUCUCCUGAUUUGGACCAGAAUAGAAGCACUCUCUUCUCUGGAAGGCAUCGUCUUUACUGGAAAGCUUCUGUACCUGCAAUGGGAUUGCAAACAUAUUAUAUAGCUAAUGGUUUUGUGGGAUGCGAAAAGGCCAAACCAGCAACCAUACGCAUCUCUAGCUCUGAUCAACUACCCUGUCCUGCUCCCUAUGCUUGCUCAAAGGUGGAAGGUGACAGCAUUGAAAUCAGUAAUCAACAUAAGAAACUCACUUUCGGUGUCGACCAUGGUUUGUUGCAGAAAAUAACCCACCAGGAUGGUUCUCAAAAUGUUGUGAAUGAGGAGAUUAGUAUGUACUCCAGCAUUGAAAGUGGAGCGUACUUAUUCAAACCUAAUGGAGAUGCUGAACCCAUCAUCCAAGCUGGUGGGACAAUGGUAGUUUCCGAGGGCAAUAUGGUUCAUGAAGUGUACUCAUUUCCAAAAACAGCAUGGGAAAAAGGCCCAAUUUCCCACAGUACUCGCAUUUAUAAUGGUGAGAAGACCAUACAGGAACAUCUUAUUGAGAAGGAGUAUCAUGUUGAACUUCUUGGAACUGAUUUCAACGAUAGAGAGUUGAUAGUUAGGUACAACACUGAUAUUGAUAACAAACGCAUUUUCUUUUCCGACUUGAAUGGGUUCCAGAUGAGUCGUAGAGAAACAUAUGACAAGAUCCCCUCGCAGGGAAAUUACUAUCCAAUGCCAUCGCUUGCCUUUAUGCAAGGGUCAAAUGGAUUGCGCUUCUCUGUCCAUACACGUCAGUCACUAGGUGUGGCAAGCCUUAAGAAUGGACAUUUGGAGAUCAUGCUUGAUCGGCGCUUGACAAGAGAUGAUGGGCGUGGCCUUGGCCAAGGAGUGAUGGAUAACCGACCAACCAAUGUAAUGUUCCACAUCCUUCUGGAGGCCAAUAUAUCAGUACCUACCCAUCCUUUAUCAAACUCUCAUCCCUCGAGUCCCUCUCUUCUCUCCCAUUUGGUUGGUGCUCAUUUGAAUUAUCCUUUACAUAUAUUCAUUGCCAAGAAGUCCCAGGAGAUAUCUGUGCAGCCACCUCCUAGAUCUUUCUCUCCUUUGUCAGUGCCAUUGCCUUGUGACCUGCAUAUAGUCAGCUUUAAGGUUCCUCGCCCUUUAAAAUUUUUUCAGCAGCCAGUUGAAGAGAGCAGGUUUGUUUUGAUCUUGCAGAGACUACAUUGGGACUCAUCAUAUUGUCAUAAAGGCAGGUCAGAUUGCGCGAGCGUCGCCGAUGAGCCAGUGAAUUUGUUUGAGAUGUUUAAGGGGCUUUCAGUAUCAAAUGCACAAGCAACGUCGUUGAACCUCUUACAUGGUGACACUGAUAUGUUGGGUUACAGUGAGCAGUUUAUGGACGGGGCCCAAGAAGGGCAUGUCCUCAUAUCUCCCAUGGAAAUACAGGCUUACAAGCUUGCUAUUCGGCAUCAAGAGUGA